UAAUUUAUUUCAAAAUACCUGUCAGCAAAUAUGUCUGUAACAAUAUAGACAACAAAAAAAGAUUCAAGUUGCAGUGCCCGGAGUCUGAAACUGUACUCAACCUGCAGUAUGGUUCAGAAAAUAUUAUUCAAAUGGCCAAAGUUCAUUGUCCAUUAUCUCGAAGUCACUUUGAGUAAAUUAAUGUUCAAAACUAGUGCACAAAGUUUACAAUCCAAGAAAAAAAUUCCUCUAUGCCUGUUUCCCCCCAGAAGAUAAGAUCUAUGGUAGCCAAUCUCUGUGCUUGGUAAAAGACUUCGAUAUAAGCGGUGAGGCAAGUGCAGUCUUGUUAAAUGAGCACCAAGCUAGGAACCGGGAACUCCAGGGUUCUUUCUGUGGACACUCGCUUGCUGUGUGACCUUGGGCAGAAGGUCACUUACGCUUUCUGUGUCCUUGUUUUCCAGUAUAUAAAAUGGACAAUGAUAUUUCUGUACCUCUGCAGAAUGCUGUGCAGUCUUGUCAGGGGAUGAUGUUAAAGCCCUUUGAGCAUAUUAACUUUAUAUAGUGCUAAGGAUACUUCGCAUGGUAAUGGGCCCCAUCAUGACCGCUGCUGUGUCUACAAUGAAAGCAACUUGGUAGAUGGAGUUUACUGCCUGCCAGUAGGACACUGGAUCGAAGUCUCUGGACACACUGAUGAGAUGAAGCACACAACUGACUUCUAUUUUAAUAUUGCAGGCCAUCAAGCCAUUCACUAUUCCAGGAUUCUGCCAAACAUCUGGCUGGGAAGUUGCCCUCGGCAAGUGGAGCAUGUAACCAUCAAGCUAAAACACGAACUGGGUGUUACGGCUGUAAUGAACUUCCAGACUGAGUGGGAUGUUGUUCAGAAUUCCUGGGGCUGCAACCGCUAUCCAGAACCCAUGAGCCCAGAGGUCCUUAUGAAACUGUAUAAAGAGGAAGGUCUCGCUUAUGUCUGGAUGCCAACCCCAGACAUGAGCACUGAAGGAAGAAUACAGAUGUUGCCUCAGGCUGUCUGUCUCCUGCACGGGCUGCUAGAGAAUGGACACAUCGUCUACGUACAUUGCAAUGCUGGUGUUGGCAGGUCUACAGCCGCAGUCUGUGGCUGGUUAAAGUAUGUGAUGGGAUGGAACCUAAGGAAAGUGCAGUACUUUGUGGCCUCCAGGAGACCAGCUGUCUACAUAGAUGAGGAAGCUCUGGUUCGUGCUGAAGACGAUUUCUAUCAGAAAUUUGGACCUCUUCGCUACUCAUGCAAACCUUAGUGGUAGAAAAGCUGAUUGGAGGAGGGGAGAGAUUCCUCGCAGUGUUGCCAAUCCCAAACAUUCAAAAUUCAUAGUCAGACCACCCAAAUUCGUGUGUGUGUGUGAGUGAGAGAGAGAGUGAGCGUGUG